AUGACUACGAGUCCGCGCGACGGCGUGACCUCUCGACUCCGCCAGACGCUGAACCCGCUGCGAACGACGGCCCUCGGGGGAUUCCACAACCAGCUAGCCACGCCGUAUUCGGCCGCCUCCGUCGCCUCGCCAUACAACACCCUCAACGGGCUCCAGACGCCGGCGAGCUCGAUACAGCCCUACAACCCGCAGGAGUGGGCGCCGUCGCCCGCCGGCGGCCCCGAGCGAACGCAUCAAUUCGCCCCCUCGUCGCUACGCGACUCCCAAGUCCCAGCACCCCCUCCACCUUACUCUCCUCCUCGGAGCCAGAGACCACCCGCCAGCGCCGUCUACGAGACGCCGCCCGCAAACAUCUCCGCAGCACGAGUCCCCCUCUCGAGCGUCCACCGGCCCUCGCCCGAGCCGGUAGCCACGACGAGCUUCCCACCGCCGCCAGGCUCAAAUGGCCGUGGUGCCUCGCGCGAGCGACGAUUCGGCCUGCCGUCGCUAACGCGGCGAAGAGACCGCGGCGCCUCCGACUCGAUAUCGCCUCCCGAUCCCCAUCCGCCCGUCGCGCUACCGCGACCGCAGACGCUGAUGAUACAGAUCCCCCAGCCGGCGGACCCGUUAGAGACCAACCCGCCCGCCGUCCCCCCCGGCGCCCGCAGAGCAGCGUCCGCGAGCGCAAUCGACACGCCCGUGUCCGCCCGGUCUCGGUCGGCCUCGCAGUCGAGAUGGGAACCUGGGAUGCCGCUGCCCCCGCCGCCGCCGGGCCCUCCACCACCGCAGUCUCGGUCGCAGAGCCUGAACCGCACCACGGAUCCCAUCGUCUCCCCGCCGACCCGGAGACCGCCUCCCACCGGGGUGAGCGACCUCGGCCCCGUGCCGCCCACGCCCGCCGACUGGGUCGACGAUAGCCAGCCCCGCGUAGGGCCGAGCACGUCGUCCCACCCGUCCGGCCUGACCAUCGACACCUCCGCCGCCUCGGAGUCGGGCUCCCAAGCGCCGCCCGAGUCGACAUCUGGCUCGAGCUCGGCGGGCCUCAGCAGGACCGGUGCGGUCCGCGGCGAGAAAUCGUUGCGCGAGCGGCGCAACGAGAGCCGGACGCGGCAAAAGCCCGAGGACGGGAUCCAGCCGCUCUCCGACAUCAUCGUCCCCACGACCAGCGGAGCCCCAACCCGCCCCUUCUCAGCGCACAAGGGCACCCCGCGCAGCGGCGGGCGAUCGGCGCUUGAACCCAAGACCGGUGACGACGUUCGUCUCGACUCGCAGAACCCGACGCCGCGGCCCUCGGCGGGCCCGCACCCGGAGACGCCGACGCCGCCCUUCUCGCCGCACCCGCACAAGGCGUACCAGGUCGCAGAGCCGGGCGAGGUACUCGCGCCGAAGGCCCUUCCGACGCCGCCCCCGCAGAGCCGGUCCGCGUCGAACUCGUCCCAGGCGCGGCCCGAGGCAGCCCGAGGCGCCACAGCCAGCAGCCCCGCUCCUACCCCAGGGUCCGCCUCCUCCCCCUACCCGGCCACGAAGCAGGCCGUCGUCAGCCAGACCGCCGAGCAGUUCUGCCUCGAGAGCGUCGAGCGCUUCCGGGCCUUCGCCAACCGCGAGGCCGUCGCCGCCUCCGACUCGGACCGCGUGAAGCUGUUCGCCGACUUCAUCGUCAACGAGUCGCGCGUCCGCCGCGAGCGCUACGCCUCGGCGAUCGGUGCCAUGGGAUCCGAGAUCUUCGACCUGACCCGGGACCUCUUCCGGCCCAUGCAGGCGCGGCGCGACUCGACCGCGUCCCAGGCCAGCGAGUGGACGCCGCAAGUGUCCGAGGCGAAGUCGAAGCGCAACUCCCAGGCCUCGCCCGCCAGCCUGUCGGCGUCGCCGAUGCCCGGCCCCCCGCCACCGACCGCGAACUGGACCUCGCAGUACAUGCCCUCGCUGUCGCCGAUCCUGAGCAUGAGCGUCAGCGAGCAGCUCGACGGCGGGAGCUCCCGCGGCCGGCCCGCAAGCCGGUGGUGGGAGACGGACUCCGGCGGCGAGCACCCCAGCCGGAUCGAGCGGUCGAAACGCGAAUCCAAAUACAUGGGCGUGCCAAAGGAGGCGCGAGAGGCCCUGCAGUGGGAGGACAUGCCGAGCAGCUCUGAGGGCCACGUCGACGCCGGCCAGCACUACGCGGAGAACGAGUACCCGCCCGAGAAGGUCGGAUGGCACGAGCCUCCUAAGUCGCAGUCGAACGGCAGCUACAAUACGUUCCGGAACUCCCUGCUGUCGGUGGCCUCGUCGGCCCCGAACACGCCGUGCCCGUCGCACCUCGACGUAUCCCGGCUCGUCACGCUGCCGCCGCCGUACCCGCGCCACCACCCGGCCGUCAACAACAACCACCCGGAGCUGUCCUCGAUCCGGACGCUCGCGACCAAGGACCGCUUCGAGCACGAGAGCCGCGCCGUGCGCGACGAGGCGGCCGCGUCGGCCUCGGCCCGCCUCAAGGCGCUGCGCGCCAACCUGCAGCAGGAGAUCGCGUCGGGCGACAUGUCGUACGCGGAGGCGGCGGCGAUCGAGGCCGACACGCAGGCGACGGAGAAGGCGCGGGCCAAGGAGCUCGACAAGCGCGAGUUCGACCGGUUCCAGACGGCGGUGGUGAUGCCGCUCAACGAGCUGCUGACGGGGCGGAUCGGGCAGGCGUCGUCGCUGUUCGACGAGCUGCGCUCGCGGCUCUUCGCCGAGACGCAGCAGGCGCCGGACCCCAACAUGCCGCAGGAGGAGGGCGACGAGCAGCCGGAGCUGCUCGAGAAGCUGACGCUGCUCAAGUGGAUCUUCGAGGCGCGCGAGGCGCUGCACCGCGAGAUCUACGACCUGCUGAGCGACCGCAACGACCGCUACCGCGAGAUGCUGCGGACGGCGGAGGCCUUCUUCGUCGAGGACGCGGCGAAGCGGCGGGCGGCGUUCGCGGGCGAGGUGCUGCAGCGCACGGGCGAGUUCCGCGGCGUGGUGGAGGAGAACGUGGUGCGCGGGGUCGACAUGCAGCUCAACGCGUUCUGGGACCUGGCGCCGCCGCUGCGGCGGCUGCUCGACAAGAUCCCGGCGCCGCUGGACGAGCGCUUCCGCAUCCAGGUGCCGGCGGCCGAGUACGACGAGACGCCGAGCUACCGCGAGCACCCGCUGCAGUACCUCUUCAGCCUGCUGCUGCACGCGGAGAAGAGCACGUACCAGUUCAUCGAGUCGCAGACGAACCUGCUCUGCCUGCUGCACGAGGUCAAGGAGGCCGUCGUCGGCGCGCGCGCCAAGCUCGGCGAGGCCGAGGGCCGCGACCCCGCCCAGGUCGAGGCCGAGCGCGCCGCCGAGCAGGACCGCCUCACCGCCGACCUCCAGGAGAAGGUCCGCGUCGUCCAGGACCAGUGGGAGGGCGCGCUCGGCGAGGCCAUGCGCGGCGUCAAGGAGCGCGUCGGCGAGUGGCUCCUCUCGACCGGCGGCUGGGACGAGAGCCUCGAGGACGGCGGCGUCGGCGGCGUCUAA